AAUUAAUCAUGUCUUGAGUUUGUUUGUCAUUAUGAACAUUUUGUCUUAUAUCAAAUUUUUAUAAGUGACAUAAUACUUAAAUUUAGAUUUGAUAAAAGAAUAUUAUGUUUAUAAUUAGGUGCUACGAAAAGCUGUUCAGGAUCUGAUUUUGAAGGAGAUCGAGGAUGAGGUUUUCCUACUUUCAUCCAGAAAUGUUGCCUUGUCUAGUGUUCUUAUUCGAUAUCGCAGCAUUGAAAGCUUGUUUGAGAAUGGAGAACAUCUGAUCAAGGAGAUCAUUAGUGAAAUGUCAGAAAGACUUCCAUUCUUGUUUCGUAUCAUGGCAACCAUUGCUACUGGGGGCAAGGAGCUGCAAGGGACAAAAAUGGCCCCUGUAGCUACAGCAUAUGCAGUGCUAAUGAACGCACAUUCUGACAAGUUGUCGGCAUGGCAUAGGAUGACCACCAUUGUGGCCAUAAAAGGUCAUCUGGAAGAUUCAGCGUUAACAAGAUUCAACCGCCUUGGUGUUACCAUGUCCACAACAACUAAGCUGCGGUUGUUGGAUGAAGCCAGCAGUAUCAUGGACAAGGGCAUCGUAAGCCGAUUGCAGAAGUCCCCAUUAGUCAAGAUAACUGGUGACAACUUGGAUAUGUACAUUAAAACAGGCCAGCAAUCUCUAGAGAAGUCAAAUAGAGACCUUCAUCUGUUUGCCUCUAAUGUACUGUUCAACAGGAUUGCCAGUCCAGAUAAAUACAGUUUGGUGCCCACUCGAACACCACUGACAGAUCUGAAGGCAGAAAUGUUUCUCCUGAGUGGCAAUUACCGGAGUACGCUUGUGAACAGCUACUGUGUAAUACUUGGAAGAAUUCUUUGUGAGCUAAAAGCUUUCUCUUGGAUGGCAAAUGCAUUGCCAGAUCACAUUCACCACCCAUAUCAGCAUGAAAUGAGUCUGAAGUCAGACAUAUUCAAGCUGCCAAUUAUGAUGAAAAACGAAGCCAAACAUGAAGAUUGUGUUGACAUUCUGGACACUUAUGAGGCAGUUCUCAGUGAUUAUUAUCACAAGGCUUUUGGCUCAGAGGAUGUUCUUCACAAGUUUGGUGUCACCGUUGGUGGAGACCAAUUGACAAGAGUUCGGCUUGAAGAAGCCAAAAACCUCCGUGCAUUGGCUACUACACCCAACAAGCGAUUUGAGGACCUGCACCCAUUUGUAAUUGAGUUGUGGCACACAAAGCAAGAUUUUUUGGAGGUUUGA